AUGGUGGUGCGGGCUUCUGUUACGCUCAGUGAGGACAAUUGUAAGGAGUCAGGCGCAGAGAGCAAAGACUGCUGUGACGAUGACUGCUGUGAUGAUGACUGCUGUGAUGAGGACUGCUGUGAUGAGGACUGCUGUGAAGAUGACUGCUGUGAAGAUGACUGCUGUGAUGAUGCCUGCUGUGAUGAGGACUGCUGUGAUGAGGACUGCUGUGAAGAUGACUGCUGUGAAGAUGACUGCUGUGAUGAGGACUUCUGUGAUGAGGACUGCUGUGAAGAUGACUGCUGUGAAGAUGACUGCUGUGAAGAUGACUGGUGUGAUGAGGACUGCUGUGAUGAGGACUGCUGUGAAGAUGACUGCUGUGAUGAGGACUGCUGUGAAGAUGACUGCUGUGAUGAGGACUGCUGUGAAGAUGACUGCUGUGAAGAUGACUGCUGUGAAGAUGACUGCUUUGAUGAGGACUGCUGUGAUGAGGACUGCUGUGAAGAUGACUGCUGUGAUGAGGACUGCUGUGAUGAGGACUGCUGUGAAGAUGACUGCUGUGAUGAUGACUGCUGUGAUGAGGACUGCUGUGAUGAGGACUGCUGUGAAGAGGACUGCUGUGAUGAGGACUGCUGUGAAGAUGACUGCUGUGAUGAUGACUGCUGUGAUGAGGACUGCUGUGAAGAUGACUGCUGUGAUGAUGACUGCUGUGAUGAGGACUGCUGUGAUGAUGACUGCUGUGAAGAUGACUGCUGUGAAGAUGACUGCUGUGAUGAGGACUGCUGUGAUGAGGACUGUUGUGAUGAUGACUGCUGUGAUGAGGACUGCUGUGAUGAGGACUGCUGUGAAGAUGACUGCUGUGAUGAGGACUGCUGUGAUGAGGACUGUUGUGAUGAUGACUGCUGUGAUGAUGACUGCUGUGAUGAGGACUGCUGUGAAGAUGACUGCUGUGAUGAGGACUGCUGUGAUGAGGACUGCUGUGAUGAGGACUGCUGUGAUGAUGACUGCUGUGAUGAGGACUGCUGUGAUGAUGACUGCUGUGAAGAUGACUGCUGUGAAGAUGACUGCUGUGAUGAGGACUGCUGUGAUGAUGACUGCUGUGAUGAGGACUGCUGUGAUGAUGACUGCUGUGAAGAUGACUGCUGUGAUGAGGACUGCUGUGAUGAUGACUGCUGUGAUGAGGACUGCUGUGAUGAGGACUGCUGUGAUGAGGACUGCUGUGAUGAGGACUGCUGUGGUGAGGACUGCUGUGAUGAUGACUGCUGUGAUGAGGACUGCUGUGAUGAGGACUGCUGUGAAGAUGACUGCUGUGAUGAGGACUGCUGUGAUGAGGACUGCUGUGAUGAGGACUGCUGUGAUGAUGACUGCUGUGAUGAGGACUGCUGUGAUGAUGACUGCUGUGAAGAUGACUGCUGUGAAGAUGAAUGCUGUGAUGAGGACUGCUGUGAUGAGGACUGUUGUGAUGAUGACUGCUGUGAUGAGGACUGCUGUGAUGAUGACUGCUGUGAAGAUGACUGCUGUGAUGAGGACUGCUGUGAUGAUGACUGCUGUGAUGAUGACUGCUGUGAUGAUGACUGCUGUGAUGAGGACCGCUGUGAUGAGGACUGCUGUGAUGAGGACUGCUGUGAUGAUGACUGCUGUGAUGAGGACUGCUGUGAUGAGGACUGCUGUGAUGAUGACUGA